GGCGGGCAGCAGGAGCAGCAGUUCGAGAACGAGGAGGACCAGGAGGUCGAGGGCAUCAAGCAGCAGACGCGCUUCAUCAAGCAGGAGUCGCUCGCCUCGACCCGCAACGCCGUCCGCAUCGCCCGCGAGGCCGAGGAGACGGCGAGGGCUACGCUCGACAAGCUCGGCGAGCAGUCGGACCGCAUCGCCAACACCGAGCGUCACCUCGAUCUCGCCAAGGCGCACAACGACCGUGCCGUCGACGAGACCAAGGAGCUCGAGGCGCUCAACAAGUCCAUCUUCCGCCCGACCUUCACGUUCAACAAGCAGGCCAAGCGCGACCGCGAGGAGCGCCGCCUGCUCGACCGCCACAACGCCGAGAAGUCCGAGCGCGAGUCGGUCCGCCGCGAGCAGUACGAGUCGCGUGCGCGCAUCGACUCGACGUUCAACACGAUGGACCGCGACGCCGAGAACGCGGCGCAGGCGCGCAACCGGGCCCGAGCUCGCGGCGCCGAGCGCUCGCGGUACCAAUUCGAGGCGACGGCGAGCGACGACGAGGUCGAGGACGAGAUUGACGGCAACCUCGACGAGCUGAGCGGCGUUGCCGGCAGGCUCAAGAUGCUCAGCAUGACGAUGGGCACCGAGGUGGACCAGCAGAACAAGAAGAUCGGCAAGAUCAGCGGCAAGGUCGACGUCCUCGACAACAACGUCGUCCGCUCGACGCAGCGUCUCGCUCGCGUCAAGUGA